CAGCGGAGGGAGGACGCGCGCAUCCCCGCACUGACAGCCCCGCACGGCCCCGCACGGCCCCGCACGGCGCGCCCAGACCUCCGAGAGGCUCCGCUUCGGUCUCCAGAGACCCGGACCGGACCGGAUCCGUGUGGAGGUGUUCUUUUUUUUUUUUGCUCCGUCCCCGCAGUGCGCAGGCUGUGCUGAUGGAUGAGAGCGCGUGAGGCGCGUGCUGAUGAGCGCAGCGCUGCGUCCUGACGAGGCGCACCGCGUCUCCCCCCUCUGAGGAGGGUCCGGCACCCAGACCCCCCCCCUCCUCCUGCACCUGCCCCCCCUCCCCCGGCGGAUUCUCCAGGCGCGCGGCCCUCUGGGAGCAGACAUGGGAAACAGCUUCUCCAACAUCUCCGCCUUCCAGUCGCUGCACAUCGUCAUGCUGGGUCUGGACUCCGCGGGGAAGACCACCGUCCUCUACAGGCUCAAGUUCAACGAGUUCGUCAACACGGUGCCCACCAUCGGCUUCAACACGGAGAAGAUCCGGCUGAGCAACGGCACGGCCAAGGGCAUCAGCUGCCACUUCUGGGACGUGGGGGGCCAGGAGAAGCUGCGGCCGCUCUGGAAGUCCUACAGCCGCUGCACCGACGGCAUCAUCUACGUGGUGGACUCGGUGGACGUGGACCGGCUGGAGGAGGCCAAGACCGAGCUGCACAAGGUCACCAAGUUCGCCGAGAACCAGGGCACGCCGCUGCUGGUCAUCGCCAACAAGCAGGACCUGCCCCGGUCGCUGGCGGUGGCCGACAUCGAGAAGCAGCUGGCCCUGCAGGAGCUCACGCCCUCCACCACCUACCACGUCCAGCCCGCCUGCGCCAUCAUCGGAGAGGGGCUGCACGAGGGCAUGGACAAGCUGUACGAGAUGAUCCUCAAGAGGAGGAAGUCGCUCAAGCAGAAGAGGAAGCAGCGGUAGCGUCCGCCGAGGAGCCCGGCGGCGGCGGGUUCUGGGCCCUCAGGCCCCCGGGCCGCCACGACCGAACCAAAAACAUCAAUCAGGGACCCGAUUACACCUCCUCAUGGUUUCAAGUGAAAACACACAGCUUUGGUCACGUUUUGGGUUCCAACGCUGCUCCAAAAGGCCAACUAGGAGUUCUGCACAUGCUCAGUAGAAGGACAGUAGGAUCAGUGUUUUGCUCCAGAGAGUCAGGACUCCCAGUCCAGAUUCUCCCGGUCCUGGCAGGUCCUGGUUCUGAUCCAGAUUCUCGUGGACUUGGUAGUUUUCGAGUUUCCAGUCACCGUAAUAAUCUGUCCUCUGGAAUGUGUGUGUUCUCCCAUUGUUCAUGUUUGGAGUGUAUUGUUGUCUGCAGUGUGUGCCUCAUCAGCCGUUUUCAAAACGUCGCCAUGUAAACAGGAGACCGUUCUGAAUGAAAACCCGUCCGUCCUGCUGUGCUGACGUGGAAUCGGACCCGGUCUCAGAAUUCCCAGAGAUUGUUCGAAUGCCGCUUGAUUGUUGCGAUCGCAGGUCUGCGGUGUGUGUGUGUUUGUGUGUGUGUGUGUGUGUGUGUGUUUGGUCUCAUUCCAAAAACCAACAGCAGCACCAACUGGCGGCCCAACACGCAGACUGCAUCGUUUUGGGCUCUUCUGUUCAAACGGACGCCAUCUUUAGCGAAACGCCACGGAGCUUUGGAAGCGUUUUCAGUUGAGCCGCGGCGUAAACGAGGCCUGAGAGAUGAACCCUGAACGGAGGGGCAGCGGGAACAGGCGGGCCUGUUUGAUGCUGCUCCUCCUCCUCCCCCUCUUCCUCCUCCUCCAGCCCCCGUCCAGGAGGGGGCUUCCCUCGCCGCCCCCUGCGGGGAUCUUCCCUCUGCAGGUGGACGGAGGACACAGUCCACCACUUUGCACUUUCCGUUUGCUAAGAGACAGUCUGGAGACGCUGCUGGACGAGCGCCGCUGCUCCACGUGCCCACGAGCCAAGAGCUGAAGUAUUUUUUGAGUAUUAAAAGUGUGAACCGCACGGCGCCGCUGCUCUGUCUUGAUUUCGGGGCGGAGGCGAGGCGAGAGGCUCUGCGGCGUCCGUCCCUCCGGUUGGAGCCCGGCCGAGGCUCCGAGGCUCAUUUAUGAAAUUUAUGGAUCUGCACUGCGGCGCUGUUUACGGCCGCGGCAGAGGAGACUUUACUGUCACCAGUACUCAGAUUACUCUGAUCACUCCUUCUGCUGCUUAUUAGCUCAGAACAUGCAGGUUUCUUCUGUUCAGGCAAAAAUGAAGCUUUUUGGAGACUAAAUUAGUCAUAAAUCUGCUCUGGAGCAGGAUUCAGGCACAGUGAUGAUAAAUUACCACAUUUCUAAUCAAUUAAUCCUGAUGUAGUCUGAGAAAUUCUAAAUAUUCUGAGUUGAGUUGAGAAGACUAAAUGACCCAGUGAAUCGCUGGACUUUUCACUGUGUUUCACAACUGUUCAGUGGAACAUUUCACACUUAUUGAUCUCUGACUGAGUCUUAAGUUCAAAGUUUCACUUCAGGCCACUGAAAUGCUUUGUUUCACCUUCAGAGAUUUUUCACUUCUUCUCUGUAUAAAUGUAAACAAAUUGACCAAAAAUAGAUUAAAAAGCAACAUUUCUGCUGCAAUAACCUUAAAUUCUAAAGAGAUGGACGUAAUAACAAACAUCUAUAACUUUCUUUAUACUAAAAACGACUGAAUUACAGUCCAACAUAAGGCCCGUGGGCCAAAACUGGCCUGAAGAGACUCCAAUCCGGCCAAACCACCAAGAGAAGGUAAAAAUAUCAAUGACGCUGCCAUGAAAAAGAGCUAACUAGCAUUAGCCUCAAAACAAGCCCAUAAUGCAACAGCUACAGGGGAAGGUUUUUGGGAUUUUUCACCAGAAAGUUUCAUUAGAAUCAGCUUUAUGUUGAGAUCGGAGUCAUUUUCGGUCGGAACUGUGAAAAUUGAACUUGAAGGUUUUUCUCUGAGUUGACGUGAGGAAAACGUUAACGGUUAUUCUGCUGAGUUUCACUGAUCUGAAACGUGUUUGACACCAUUAGGAUGCUUUAAAAAUCACAGUUUGAAUGAAAACCUUUUUAUCGCUCAUAAGUUCUAUUUUUUUUCUGCAGAUUUAUUACAUUUAUUUACCAUUUUGUACUUUUUAUAAAAGUCAGAAAAUCUAUUUCAUGCAGAUAAAUUCAGUCAGAAAUGCAACUGAAUGCAAUGAAGAAGGAGGUUCACUUCACUUCACUUCACUUCACUUCAGUAGAAAUAAAAGAAAUAAAAAUGAUGUUUUCAAAAAAGCCUCAUUACUGAACCUGGAUUAUUUAAACGUUCAUUCAUCCCACUUGUUUUCCUCUCAUUUGCUUCAUGUAUUUCAAUUAAUUUAUUGUUUUAUUUAAAAUAUUCAGAUUGUAUCUAGGUUUUUUUAGAUAAUUUUUUAAAUACGAUGUAAUUUUUCCAAAAUAUUGAAUUCUGUACAGUUUGUAUUGAAGAA